AUGGACACCACCAUUAAAAACAACCCCCAACAAGAGGGCAAUACCUUAGGAGACGCCACCCCCGAGCAGGAGAAACCUGAUCUCAACAACACAGAGACAGGAUUACAAAAUACCCCGGAAAAUAUAACAGAAAACCAAGGUACACAUAACAUAAACACCCCCAUCCUAAGCAUAAGUGCUAGUGAUGAUAAAUCCGACGAUUAUGUAGACGCAGAUGACAACACGAAUACCAUGACGACAAACAACAAACCUAACCCCAUAGAAGGGGAAAAUAACCCCGCUCCCCCAGGUAUACAGAGCCAAGAGGCACCUAUACCCCCUCCAAACAACUCGCAACGCCCAACGCCGCAAAUGCAAGCAUUCCAAUCGGCCUAUGUAGCGGAAUCAAAGCACCCCACAAAAAUGACCAUCAAAAGAAUGGAAAUGCCCACAGAAGACUCCGAUUCCGAAUUUGACGAUGAAAUCGGAAAAAUCGUCAAGAGAAAACGGAAAAACACCCCCAAAGAUACUCCCAAUAUGGCUAAAACAGUCGAAAAACCCACCACAAGUGACCCUGCAGUCAAUAAAAAUAAAAAUAAACCCCCAAGCAAAACAGCACCGGCCGCCACGAACAACAAAAAAGCCCUAAUGCCCCCCAUUGUAGUUGACGGGAAAACAGUAAAUCAAACGGCACUGUUUCAAGACCUCAGAGCAAAGAUUAAAGGGGGAUUCAGUGUCAAGCACACGAAUAGCUCCACCAUACUUUUCGUUGAUGAUAAAGAUGAUCAUCAACGGGUUCUGAAAAGUGUCAAGGAGGAAAAUAUAGCGCAUCACACGUAUACCACGAGUGAAGACAAGUCGCACGCCUUUGUGCUGAGGGGUCUAGCUGAAGGCACGCAAACACAGCACAUCGAGGAUGACCUGGUGGCCGAAUACGACAUUAAGGUUCGCAACAUAUUCAGGAUGAACACCAAAAACCGCCCUUUUUAUCUCUGA